GCUUCGCUGGGGCCUGCGACGGCGGCAUCGCUCCCCAGCCCGGCAUGGCCGCUUGGGUGUUCUGUAAUCGCUGCUUCCAGCCGCCCCACGGGACGUCGUGCUUCAGCCUGACCAACUGCGGGCACGUGUACUGCAACACUUGCCUCGGCAAAGGUAAAAAGGAUGAAUGCUUGAUUUGUAAAGUUCCUUGUCGUACAGUUUUACUUUCAAAGCAUACUGACUCAGACAUCCAGGCCUUCUUUGUGGGCAUAGAUGGUCUGUGUAAGAAAUACUCCAGAGAAACCUCCCAGAUUUCAGAAUUUCAAGAAAAACACAGGAAGAGAUUAUUAGCCUUCUACAGAGAAAAGAUUUCUAAGUUGGAAGAAUCCCUCAGGAAGGCAGUGCUGCAAAUAGAACAGCUGCAAAGUAUGAGAUCGUCACAACAGGCAGCUUUCAGCACACUAAAAAAUUCAGUUUCAACAAAGCCGCGUGUUCAUCCGCUGCAGCCACCUCGCUCAUCAGCCCCAGACAGAGUGGAAUCGAUGGAAGUUGAUCUUACUCCUUCCCCAAUGAGAAAACCUGAGGUAGCAGCUGGCCCUGCAAGGAUCUCGUUGAUUAGUCCACCCCAAGCUGGACGCAUGGGCAGCAUCUCCUACCGAGGUCCCCAGAACCUCGGCCUGACGCCAAGUCAAAGCUCGGCAAAGGCUCUCAGGGUUCCACCGCUGCAGAUCCCCUACAAGGGACUGUCACAAAGUCCAGCAUCUCAGUUUCCAGGUAGUGUGGGAAGAGGGGGCUCUCCCAGCCUCAGAAGCUCCCAGGCCGGGCCACCCUCCCAAGCCCCGGCCCCCAGGCCGCCAAUCAGCAUCUCGGGCCUGCUGCAGAGGCAGUAUUUAGGCAAGUGCUCAGCCAACUUUGAAAAGUAA